AGUCCUCACCAUCUCGCUGCUGUUCCCUUUCCAACGACUUCGUCAACGAAAAGCUUCACGACGCCCAGCCCAACAUGACGCACGAGUCGGUCUUCUACUCUCGCCCCCGCACCUACGGUAAGGGCAGCCGUCAGUGCCGCGUCUGCGCGCACAAGGCUGGUCUGAUCCGGAAGUACGGCCUCAUCGUCUGCCGUCAGUGCUUCCGUGAGAAGUCCACCGACAUCGGUUUCAUCAAGUACCGAUAGAUUACUCAACCAACCAAUCCCAUCCAAACUGGCGUUGCGACGAUUUUCAAAUAACCGAAAAACCGAGUGGACUUCUUUUUUACGUUGGCAAUGGAAGGCAACAUGAAAAAAAAAGGCACGCAUGAGACAGCAGUUGUGUCGAGGGGGAACAAGGGAAAAGGCGGAUGGCUCGGUUUUUUUCGGGAAGCGUGACACGGUCAAUUGGGUUGAUUUCCAGAUGGGUUGUCGAAGCGAAAGACAAGUUGUUGCAUGGCGUUAGAACACCCUUGACAAUCGGAACUGGGCGA